AUGGGGCUCCGCGACAUACUCAAGAAAAAGGACGACAUCAACGCCCACGAAGAUCAGCAGCAGCAGCAGCAGCACCAGAAUACCAACAUCCCCGAGCUGAGAUUAAUGCGCACCGACACCGUUCCUCAAGAUGUGGCCGAACCGUCAGCUGCCAAUGCCAACCAGAGCCACCUCGCGGCCAAAGAACCCAACAAAGCCCGUAGGAGUCUCGACUUCUUUCGACCGCGCAGUCGUUCGCGCAGUGCAUCCGCCUCGUCACAAGUUAGCAACAGUGAGAAACACGCACACAGAGACUCGGCAGGCCGUCGACUGUCGCAACGACUGCAUCUCGGCGGCCGCGAGCAUGAUACGUCGGAUAGUGUCCCAGAGGACCUGCCGGAGAUACGCACUCCCCUGGGCGACGUUGAUGAAACGGAGUGGGAGAGACGCGCGACGAUGCUAGCGGGACAGAACGAGCUGGCUCGGAGUCGGCCACAAACACCUAGUGAUAGUGGGAGGACCAGACGCAAGAGCAGCGUGACCCCUGGGCGGUCGGAUGAACCGCAAGCGCAACAGCAGCGGUCGAGUCCUCGUAGUCGACCCCAAACAUCGCAAGAAAUUGACGCGGAUAUUCAAGAGGCCAUUAGGUUGCACGAGGCUGGCGACCUAGCACAGUCGACGAGUAUGUUUGGGCGACUGGCCGACCCCAACGGGGCAAAUAAUCCCCUCAGCCAGGUGCUGUACGGGCUCGCGUUGAGGCAUGGCUGGGGCUGUACGCCAGACCAGGCGGGUGCAGUUCGUCAUCUGACGGCGGCUGCAUCCAACGCCGCGUCUGUUGAGCAACUUGCUUUGCAGGCAGGCAUGACGAAGGGUGGUGCCGCCAAGGGGGAGUUGGUCCUCGCCAUCUUUGAGCUGGCCAACUGCUUCCGCCACGGCUGGGGCAUUGAGAAGGACGCCGUUGCUGCGCAGCGAUACUACGAAACUGCAGCCAAUUUAGGCGACACAGACGCCAUGAACGAGAUUGCUUGGUGCUAUCUGGAAGGGUAUGGCUGCAAAAAGGACAAGUUCAAGGCCGCGCAAUAUUACAGGCUCGCGGAGAAUGCAGGCAACAAGACCCUGGGCAACUCAUGGAUCUGGAAGGAUAAGUACAACCCUGAGAUCGCGCCUAAGAAGUAA